GGGACCCAACGUGAUAAUUCAAUUUUGAUUUGAUGAUACGCAACAGCCAUCUGUAAUAUCGCGAUUUUUCCUAAGGAUCCUAAGGAGCAAAUUAGAAAAGUUUACGUUGAGUGGCGCAAAAGUAAAUCACGGCGAGAGACAUCGAGAAAUUCCGAGCGUUCCAUUAAAUCCGAACGCGAGCUGGAAUUUUUUUCUUGUUAAACGACGCGAUCGGUAUUCGGAAGCUUCUUAAGAGGCAUCGAGAAAUCCCUUUUCGCGAGAAUCGUGGAAAAACGUGGGAGAAACGUCGCCGUGGGACAAAUCGACGAACGCGCAGGAAUUCCGCUGGCUCAGCCGAAAUCAACAUUCAAAUACGGGCGCUCGACUGUUUCUAAAGUAUCGAAGAAUCGACGAUCCUCCUCCCGAGGUGCACGUGGCAUUCGUCGCCGGGGCACUCGUCGUUUUACUCCGUGGACGAAGCGGGAGGAAAGAGGAACGCGUUGAGGCGUUCCGCGGUGGACUCGGUUAAGCGGAAAUACCCCGACGGUGCAAAUUCUACGGUGUAAUUCUCAUUCUUUUUCUCGACAAACGGUACAAACGGCCGCGAUUAUCCUCUCCCUCUGCUCCCUGGCCCCGCCCCGCGCAAAUGUCAAGUGAACGAUGAAGUACUCGAGGGUACAGGCGAGGAAGAAGUGGGACGCCACUUCGCUCGGCGACGAAUCGUGCUCCAGGUGCGGCAAGUGUCUGACUAAAAUGCAUCUCGUACUACUGUCGGCGCUAUUCUACUCUUCUCUGACGACAGGUGCUGGACUGGAAAUACUAAACCUGGAAGUACCUAGUAUUGCCGAUCCGACGUGGGAAAGAGUUUUACUCAAGUGCGAAUACGAUCUCGGUGGCAAGGAUCUCUAUUCGGUGACAUGGAAUAAAGACGGUCAGGAGAUCUUCAGAUUCAUGCCGGGAUCAUCGAUACCCAAGCGACCUCAAAAUAUCAGCGGGUUGUACAUCGAUCUCAGCCAGAGUGACCACAAGCAAGUGACACUUCUAGGUCCGAACACCCGCAAAGGUAAAGUCGACUUGGCGGGGUCUUACGGCUGCGAGGUGUCAUCCGAAGCGCCGAGUUUUGAGACAGAUUACAGAGAAGCGAACAUGACCGUUGCUAUACCACCUAAAACUGUCCCGGUACUCGACGGAGUACGACCUUCUUACGAAGUCGGCGAGAUCCUCGAAGCAGAGUGCACGUCGGGGUCGAGUUACCCCCCGGCAAUUUUAACGUUCAUCCUGAAUGGUAAAGAGGUAAACAGAGCCUUGACGAAAGACUUAUGGGGAGGUGGCAACAUAGACGGGAGGAUGGGCUCCAAGACGCGGUUGGGCCUAACGCUGCGUCUGGAACGGCAUCACUUUCCCAGUGGCAGCCUGACUCUGAUCUGUCAAUCCACGCUACCAGGACUCGCUAAUGACCAGGUUCUCAAGAGCAUCGAGAUCGCCACACUCGCCGCCAGCAACCAACGCCUCGCCCAAGAGCCCCCUAAAUCGGGCUCAAGGUCAAACGUCGAGCUCUACCCGGGCCUGACUUGCUGGGCGACAAUCGUGAUGCACGUGAUUCGUUACGACAGUCUCAGACUUUCGCGCGUUUAAUGUCGGCCGUUCGCCGUUCUAGUUCGUUCGACGACAUUGAAAAUGCCGGCGGCGCCAAUAUCCUUGAAAUGCGUGUUAAUUAGCGUAUAUACGUCUCUAUUCGAUAAUUCGCGCGACGGCAGGAAAACGCGUCGCGGCGUACCGUCAUCGGUUCUUCUCUACGUGUUAAUCAAGCGCGGCGCCACCGAUUUCGAGCGGGUCCCAAACUUCCGCACGAUCCGUACACGUUCGCUCGCAUGUGUACACACAGUGUUUAGAGUACCCCCCGUAUAUAAAUCGUAUAUAUAGCGGAGAUAAGACGGAGAUGCGACGAUAGCAAUACAACACACUACCGUAAAGUAGGUCGAGACGCGGGCGCGCACGGCGAUUGUACAUAGUGUAUAAUUUUGUGAAUUAGCAUGAUAAAUUGUAUCGUGUAUAAUUAACCGGACGGGGAAAUUUGCGGAGGCAAGUGUGGAGAACACGAUGAAAGUAACGCGAGACGUAUCGAGGGUUCGCGCGCGAUCUCGAGCGAUCUUUUUCGAGGAGAGCAAAUGGCGGCUGGGAUAUGUCGCGCCCGGAGGGGAGAUAUGUUUAUCAAAUUCGUCAGACCAGAAAUAGAAUUUAAGAAACGUAAGUGUAUUACGGGUCGUAAUCCUAAGUACGGCCCGACGUCGGCGUACGUAGUAUAAGUAUGUGGUUAAUUCGAUUGUAUUCUCCACAUCUGAUCUUUCUCGACCGAGAGCAUGCGAGAGUUCUACUGUGUGAGAGAUAAGAGAUAGGGCGCUUUUGUUCAACUGCAAUUUUACAUGAUUCAAAGUAUCGUCAUUAUCGUCGGAGUGAUUGCAGAUUAAUAAAACUGAUGAUUUAAUCAA